AUGAUAACAAAUCAAUCAAAUAGAAUAGUUAAUUUAUCACAUCUUUUAUUAUCAAAGAUUAUUAAUUAUUUAGAUGAUAAUAUAGAUAGAAUAGUGUUUACAUUAGUUUGUAAAAGAUGGUACAAUGAUAGACAUAGAUAUCUAUCUUUUAAAACUGAUCAUAUCAACAUCAUCAAUGAUAAACAUAAGAAUAAUAUGAAUUUGAAUUCAUAUAAAUCAAUAUACAUCGAUUCAAUCAAUAGAAAGAAUGAUUAUCAUCUGUACAUUUCCAAGUAUAAUCGUAGAAAUGCGGAAUAUUACAUGAACUCUCAAGAACAACUUCUUCAAAUGAAUGAGAUACCUCCCAAUGUCAACACGAUAUCGAUAGGCUCUGAUGUUAAAGAAUUAGAAGAGAUUUAUCAAUUGAUAUCUAGAUCCAAUGUCACUACAAUGGAGAAUUGUAAAACAUUAAGAUAUCGAUUACCAGAGAAUCUUACAUCUCUAUCAUUUUCAAUAGAUUUUAAAGACCCAUUGUUCCCUGGCUAUCUUCCACCACACUUGAAAUCUCUCAAAUAUCAAAAUGUCAUUUUCCAUUCCAAACAUACAAUUAAACCAGGUGCUCUCCCAAACACACUCGAGUAUUUGUUUUUCAAUCAAUCAGUCCAAAACCCAUUUGAACCAGGUGUAUUACCAUCAUCUUUGAAAUUUCUUUCACUCCUAAAUAAAGCUGUUCCGAAAGUUGGAUCAUUACCUCCGAAUCUCGAAGAAUUCAAAUACUACAGUGGAAGACAUACAAUAGAAGAUGGAGUAUUACCUUUGACACUUCAAAAAUUGACAAUACCUGGAUCAUGGCUUCCAUCAAUCAAACCACUUUCAAAUCUUAAAUCAUUAACAUUACUUAAUAAUGAACAUGAUGUAGUUGAUUUGAGUUAUCUUCCAUGUUCACUCACACAAUUGUACAUUUCUUCAGGAAUUUUAAUACCAUCAAUACCACCAUCAAUCAAACAUUUGAGUUUAAUAUUUGUAAUAUUUAAUAGCAAUGCCGAUGAGAUAUUCAAAGAUCAUUCCAAUCAAUUUGAUUUCAUGUUUGUAGAAAAAAAAAAAAUUGAAUCACUCUAUGGUCUGAAUAUUAAGGAAUUAUAUAUUUCAAUGGAUAUAAAUCAAAAGCUACCUCAAAUUCCACCAUCAGUUCAGAAAUUAACAAUUAGUUCAAUACAAGAAGACUCUUUUCUUUGUAAUAUAACCAUUCCAAACACACUUCAAGAGUUGGUAAUAAUAGAUGAUUAUAAAGGAUAUUUUAGAGUAAUAAACUUUAAUAAUGAUGUUCUUCCACCAUCACUUCAAUCACUGACACUACCAUCAAUUCAACUUCCACAUCCUCUAAUACCCAACAAUCUUGUUCUAAAAUCUUUAAAUACAAUAUGGUUACGAAGACUUGACGAUCAUCAUUUCCUCUUGUUCAGUGAAGAACCAACCUUUAUAUCUGCGAUCGUUCAUGAAUCAGAUCUUCCAAUUAAAUUAGAUUUUUUUAAAUGA